AUGGUCGACAAGCUUGUGUGCACCAUUGAGCAGAUGACCAAGGUUGCUGAUUCUAAGUACCCAGUGACCUUGAACAUGGCCAUGACCGCCUUGAAGAUGAAGUGCUGCGAGAGGACAGCGCGGCGGGCGCUGCAUGCUCGCGGGGUGCGCUUUCACCCGAUGCGAGAGAAGCCGCGUGCGUGGCCAAUUAAGGUGCGCGCCGAUGCGGACGUGAAGGACCGCCUCGCUUUCGCGAAGGCGCACUCUUCGAAGCCGGCGUCCUACUGGGCGAGCAAGAUCCACGCCUACAUGGACAAUGUGUGCUUCCCGACGUUCCCCACCGCGAGUGCGCGGGUGUACGCGGCGAAGCGCGCCGCCCGCGGCUCCUACAGGUCGAAGGGCAGCGGGCUUGCCAAGGGCCACGUCAAACCGAGAAAUGGCAACAUGUCUUCCUUCGGCAAGAACGUGAACGUCGCCGUGGCCCUCUCCGCAAAGAAGGUGCUCACGUGCCACGUCGUGGACGGGCGCUGGAACGCUGGGGCGGCGGCGCGGAUGUACCGGGAGGGUUUGGCCCCGGCGUUGCGCAAGGCCUGCCCGAAGCAGCAGUCGUUCCUCAUCUUGGAGGACAACGACCCUACGGGUUACAAGGCCAAGAUCAGCAUCGAGGCGAAGGCUCGCCUUCGAUUGUCGAAUUGGCGGCCCCGUGGCGGGAGUGCUCCCCGCGGAGCCGCAGGAGAAGUGAAGUGCCUGAAGUUCCCCAAGCGCAGCCCGGACCUCAACCCGCUUGACUACGGCUUCUGGCCCAUUGUCAAUAAGCGCUUGAGGGCCCAGGAGCCCAAGUUCCCCCCGUCGAAGAGGGAGAGCCGGGCCGCCUUCAUCCAGCGCCUGAAGCGCACCAUCAUGCGGACCCCGUCGGCGACCCUGGAGCCGCUCGUGAAAUCGACGAAGCGGCGCUGCGGCGCGUUGCGGACCGCGAAGGGCGCCGACUUUGAGGAGUGA